AUGUCUGCCACAAGAGGAAAGAUAGCUGAGUCCAUCAUGAGUGCAAACAGGAUGUAUGUGCUAAUUGCAGAAACCUGCAGAAAUGAAGAAGAUGAAAAAUGUCUGCAGGUUGAUGUCUCAGACAAAACAGAGCUAUGGCACCAUCGAUAUGGUCACUUGAGCUACAAUGGCUUAACUACUCUGCACAACAAGGAGAUGGUUGUGGGGCUACCAGAUAUUCAACCAGUGAAAGCUACAUGUGAAGCUUGUGUGAAAGGAAAGCAACAUCGAGUAGCCUUUCCUAAACAAACCAAAAGAGAGCAACUGAGAAGCUUCAACUCAUUCAUUCUGACCUGUGUGGUCCAAUUACUCCAUCGUCAAACAGCCAGAAGAGAUAUCUUAUCAGUUUCAUCGAUGAUUUCUCUAGGAAAACCUGGAUCUAUUUUGCCUUAG